CAGGACCUGGAAGGUGCCUGGCAGUUGGCGAUUAGACCUGGUCACAGAUUCAGGGAGCUUGUUCGUGGCGGUGGUGAUGGUGUUGGGGAAAUGGAGAGGGAGAGGCAAGGAAGCUGAGGAACAGAUCGAAUCAAUAAUCACCAAAAAGGUGCAUCCCAGAGAAGAACCCAUCUCAGAUGAUUUCAGAUCCUAAAUCCUGACAGAGCUUUAUGGAGCCCAGUCCUUGCAGGCUCCCUGAACUUGAAGCCGCCAGACCCCACAUGGAAGCAAGGGCCUCAUGUCCAGCUGCUGCACCCUUGGUGGAGAGACAGUUCCAUGUUCUUGUGGGUGUCACUGGGAGUGUUGCAGCUCUGAAGUUGCCUCUUCUGGUGUCAAGGCUUUUGGACAUUCCUGGCCUGGAAGUAGCAGUAGUGACAACUGAGAGAGCCAAACAUUUCUACACUCCCCAGGAUGUUCCUGUCACCCUCUACAGCGAUGCUGAUGAAUGGGAGAUGUGGAAACGCCGAUCUGAUCCAGUUCUCCACAUUGACCUGCGGAAGUGGGCAGAUCUGAUGCUGGUGGCCCCUCUUGAUGCCAAUACUCUGGGGAAGGUGGCUAGUGGCAUCUGUGACAACUUGCUUACCUGUGUCAUCCGGGCCUGGGACCGCAGCAAGCCUCUGCUCUUCUGCCCAGCGAUGAACACCGCCAUGUGGGAGCACCCCAUCACUGCUCAGCAGGUGGGCCAGCUCAGGGCCUUCGGCUAUGUUGAGAUUCCCUGUGUGGCCAAGAAGCUGGUGUGUGGAGACCAAGGUCUGGGGGCCAUGGCUGAGGUGGGCACCAUUGUGGACAAAGUGAAAGAGAUUCUCUCCCUGCACGGUGGCUUCCAGCAGAGUUGAACCCAGGAUUUCUGUCGUGUGUGUCCCUCUGCACUCAGCGUGUUUUCAGGCCAAGUUGGUGAAGAAGAUGGAUGUUGGCAAAAUAUGAUGAAGAGUCCUGCAUUUGCUGAGUAGGGGUCCAGGCUGGGCCUGCUCUGGAGCCUCCGGAGGGGUCUGACUUGCCCCAGGUUAAACUAGACCAAAGGCCCAGGUCUCAAUUCCUUCCCACUUAGAAGACACUCACUUUCUGGAGCCCCUCCCCACCUUGUCCUGGGAUGGGCAUAGCAAGCAAGAGGAGCAAGCUGCUGUAUUGUCCCUGUGCUCUGGGAGAGGGACCGAGGAGUGACUGAAAAACCUUGAUUCUACGUUGUGCCCAAGAGCUGCUUUUAGAAACAGCCAAAGCUGAAGAUCCCCAGCAUGGUGGGCCCCUGGCCAGGCCUUUGGAGCUUCAGCUCCUUGGUAGGGUGCCCAAGUACCACGCAGAGUCAGGGAAGCCUGUGAGUUGGCAAGUCCCUGAGAUUCCCCAGAGACCAUGCCGUGAGAUCAGGGGUACUGGAGAAUAAAGUGACCAUUUAGGAGACUCUGUCCUUCCUUUAUAGCCCCUCUGUGGUCUCAGAGAUUGGAGGCAUUGCUAGGUAUGGCUGGGGAAGGGUCUGGGCUGAUGACUGACUGGCACUCCUUAGUCCCCAUGUCAUGUGGUGGUUAAGGCCAAAGGACUCUGAAGCCAGACAGCCCCUAGUUCAAGUCCCAGCUCUGCCACAUACUAGCAGUGGGACCUUGGCUCAGAGCUCAGCCUUUCAGACCCUCACUUUCCUCAUAUGUGUUAUCAUCCAACUCUCAUGGAGUGUUGAAAGGAUUAACACCCCACUGAGUGCCUCGAUGUCAAAUAAACAGAAGUUAAAGCUAGAUAUGUAUACAUACCAGUGAGCUUUCUCAACAUUUACUGAAAUAGACUGUCUCAUUUUAGGAAAAAUAAAAUCCUGACCCUAGCUGAUGUGGCCUUUAUGCAAGUGAUAGGUGCCCAGCCAGCAACGUUGGAAUCUGCCCUAGAACCCAGGCCCCUUGCUUCCUGGUGUUGUCCUCAGCAGCUUUGCUGUGCCUGAGAUGGGGCCUGGGUGUCUGUCUCUCCCCUCCCCCCAUGUGAACUGGGGAAGUAGAUUCCAGAGAGACACGUGCUCUGUCCUAGAAACCCUCCACUGCCCUGCCUUUGACCCAGUUGCUGUUUGGUGGCUGCGGUGGGGAGGGGCUUCUUUGCUUGUUUGGUGCUGAGGUUGAAGCUGGCUUCCUGCCCUCCUGCCUUCUGGGCCAGGGGUGAGUGGGCACCCCAUGCAUACCUGUGGACCACUGAGGGUAGAGGUGCCUUUGAGGGGCACCAGGAAGCCUGCUUGCUGGAACCUAGGUCUCCAGCAGCCUCCAAGAGCCUUUAUCUCUACAGCACUUGACUUAAUCAAAUGAUCCUUUGGGAUAAAAUAGCCUUAGGUCACUAAAGAAAAUAUAGCUAAAAUAGUAGCAUCAAGAACCAACCUCUUUGGCUGGUUGGGGGUCAGGCAUGGGGAGGGCCUGGUAACUGAAAUCCAGAGACAAUCCCAAAGUUCCAUUUAAAUGGUUUCCAGCUUCCCUCCUCGUGUCCACAUCACCCUUCCUCUCAGCAAACUGCUAGUGAAUGGUGAGGCUUUCCAGUGUUCACAGAAAGUGCUACCAUUUACUGAGUGUUUAUCGUGUGCAAGGCUCUGUGCUGGGCACCUUAGGGAAGACAGUUGCUCGGGAGACCUGCUACAAAAUACCUGGUUUAAAAGGCCACAGAGGCAGACAAGUUCACAGGCCUCUGCCUGGUACCUCUGCAAAUGGCUGUGGCAGGACUGAGCCUUGCUGGCUGGAAGGAAAGAGAUGUCCCCGAAGACGAGGGUCAGCUGGAGGCCCCAUCCCUAGGGGUCUGCCAUUCCAGUCCUGCAUCCCUGUUGCCCAUUUUGAAUGGGGGUCUGGAUGAAUUGUCUGGGGCUGAAGAGCCCAAUUGUUCCCUGAGCCAGGCUGGAGCUAAGAGGAGAAGGCAGUUAGUGUCUGAGCAGCAUUUACCUGGCCCCAUCUGCCAGAGAGGCACUGCGGUGGGAGUGAUAACCAUGGCCUUCCCCACCAAGAGUCAGAGCUCUUAAAGUUGUCAUCUUGGGUAGGAGUGUUUCUCAGAGAAGAUGCUAGCUUCUCUGAUGAUUUUUAUAGAAUUCUGGAAUUUUGACAGAAUAGAACAUUUGGGUCUGAAAUCUGCACUCUUGUUUAGCACCCUGGAGCCUCUUUAGGCUGUUGUGGCUGCUGCUGGGCUAGAGGCAGAAGUCUUCGAGCCCCAGCCCAGCCUGCACACUGGGCUGUCUCCAGCUCUUCCUCCACGCUGCUCAUGUGUCCCUCUGCUGCCUCCUCACUGCCUCAGGGUAAGGCCCUGGCUCCUGGGCAGUACACACUUGGCAUUCAUGAUCUGUCCCUGCCUACCUUUGUAACUCCACCUCUAACCACACACCAACCCUGCAGGGCUCCCUGUCUUCUUGCACGACUGGACAACCUUGACUGAGCCCUGUUGCUUCUCGCUUCUUGCCUUUGCACAUGCUGCCACUUUUACGGGAAGGACGUUCUUCACCUGGCUGACUCCUACUCAUGCCUCUGAUGUACCUGGGGCCACCUCCUUUGGAAAGCCUUCCCUGGCCAACCCAGGCUGGAUUAGGUAGUCCUUGCCCAGGUUCCCAUUGUGCCUCCUCUUAUUUAUUAUAACACAGAAUUGUAACCAUCAGUUUACUUUGUGUCCCCCUAAAAUUGGGAUCUCCUGGGGGGCAGGAGUUAUCCUGUUCCUCACAAAACCUAGCAAGUCAUUCCAAGGUCCUUGUACUGAAAAAAUUUUUAAAAAGUGUGUAUGGGGGGGCAGUCCUGCUCAUUUCUGAGCAAGACACACAACCUGGGAGCCAUAAGAGCAAAGACUGAUCAAUUUGACUACAGAAAAAUAAGCAAUUCCACCUAGCAAUAGCCCAAAGGCAAGGCCAAAAGACAAACAACAAAUGGGAAAUUAUCUGCAGCUGGUACAACAAAGAGCUGAUUCCUCUCAUAUAUAAAGAGCUCCUAUACAUCGAUUAGAAAAAAACUAAGAACACAAGAAAAUGAGCAGAGAAUAAAAACAGUCCACACACACACACACACACAUACGCAAAUGUCCUUGAAACAUAAAAAGCUACUAAGCCACAUUCAUGAGGAGAGCAGUGCAAAUCAAACUACACUGAAAUGAAAGUUUUCACCUAGGAGAUUGGCGAGGUGUGGGGAACUGCACCCUCAUACAUUGCUGGUGGGAGUGCAAAUGGAUACAACUUCUUUGGAGAACAAUCUAGAAAUGUCUUUCAAAAUUACAUAUGCACCCUACCCCUUGACCCAGCAAUUCUGCUUGUAAGGUUUGUCCCACAAAUACACUCAUGUAUGUGACAUGUCUGAACAAGGCUAUUCGUUGCGGGAUUGUAUAUGGUAGUAAAAGACUGGAAACACCCUCACUGUCUCACAGUAAGGAGUUGAUUAAAUAAAUUAGAGUUGUUCCUACGCUGGAACACUGCAUAGCCACAAGACAGUGUGAGGAAGCUCUCUAGGAACUGAUAUGGGAUGAUGUCUGAGACACAUUGUUAAACAGAAAAUGCAAGAUGCAGAAUAAUGUGUAUUGCAUGCUAGCUUGUGUAUAAAAAAAGGGGAGAAAAGGAGGAUGUAUUCAUAUUUGCUUGCAUAUCAUCAAAUACCUACUGAAAAAUAAACAAGA